AUGCCGCCACCAACUUCGACGGUAUCACGAAAACGAACCCGUUCAACAAAUGUUUCUGAAAGUAAUAAUAAUCAUGAACAAGCAACAUCAACAUCAACUAUCGUUUCUUCUCAACCAAUGAAUACAGCUCCACCUAAACGUCAACGUAAUAAUCCACCAUCAACAACAUCUUCCGUACAAUCACAUACAAAUUAUUCACUUCGAAAUCGUUCAAUAACACCUGAUACACGACAGUCAUCAUCAGCACGAAUACCAUCUAUUGAUACAUCAACUAAUUCUCAACGAUAUAAUUUACGACCACGACCUCCACAAUCACAAAUUCAUUUACCUCAAGUUUCAACUUCACAUUCAAUUACAGUACCACCACGUCGUAUUCAUCGACGAAUUCCAUCUACCAUUACAACUACUACACAACAAGAACAACCAACAUCAUCUAUUAUUCAACCACGACAAUAUCGUCUUGUUUAUAUAUCAGACGAUGAUGAUCAACCAAUAACAACUACACAAUCAUCAACAUCUAUUGUUAAUACAACUUUUAAUUUAGUAACUGAUGAUGAUGAUGAUAAUUUAAGACGAUCACAAGUACAGCCUCGUCGUACAGCAAGAUCAACAUCUAGUACUGCUCAUAAUACACGUUCUCGUACAUCUACCGAUCCAAUAAGUACAACUACAAUAGAUAAUCAAGAUUUUUCUAAUGGUGGUGUAGCACAUGUCCGUCUUAAUCGUGCUAUUGAAAUUGUUAUUGAUUCAAUACAAUCUCUUGAAGGUGCUGUAAAUAAUUUUGAUCAACUUGUAUUUGGUCUUAUUUAUGGACGAUUUAGUACACGAAAUGAAUUUGAAAAUAUUGAAGGUAUGAUACGUUUAUCUCGAAUACUUAAUUUAAAUUUUCCAUCACGAUUAACACAAGAUGAAAUAAAUGCAUUACCAAAAAUAAAAUUUAUUAAUAAAUUAGAAUCAACAUCAUCAAUACUUUUAGUUGAAAAAUGUCCUAUUUGUUUAACAGAAUUUAAUGAUCAAGAAAUAAUUAAUAAAUUACAUUGUACACAUUUAUUUCAUCUUGAUUGUAUUUCAACAUGGCUUAGUGAAAAUGAUUCAUGUCCGACAUGUCGUAGAAAAGUAAAUGGAGAUUAA